AUGUCCCCGGAAGACCUGAGUUUGCUCCCAGCCAGAAGAUCCGCUUCUCUAUCAGUGAGUUUACCUGCAGCCUCCCCCAAGAGACGCUUCGUCCGGAUGGGAGGGAAGCCAAGUGAUGGCUGUCAGCAAUGUUCCUCCAGUUCUGGUCGUGACUCCUCCGUCAGGUCGGUGGAGAGUGCGGGCGUGCCGCUCAGACAGCCAGGUAAGAGCCGCAUCCGUCACCACACUGACCGUUUCUCCGGGGUCUUCCUGCGUGGCCCCUCUUCCGGCUCCGGCCCUAUGGCUCUGACCACCGGUCUCAGGUCAACGCUGUCCAGCCAGCGGCGCAAAGACAGCAUGGCUCCUGGAGACACGCUGGUCGCAGAUGACCCGUCUGAGCUGUCCAAUCAGAUAACCGCUCCGGGAAUCCUGAAGAUCUUCGGAAGCGAGAUUUGUCAAGGGGCUCACUACAAGAGUGUCCUGGCCACCACCCACUCCAGUGCAAAGGAGCUGGUCAAAGAGGCCCUCGAAAGGUAUGGUCUGGGCAAGGAGAAGGCGGGCUCUUACGUCCUCUGCGAUGCCAUUGGCUCCAUAAUCGACCGCCAGUGGAAGACGGAAGGCUUUCGGGUGGUGGGCGACAAUGAGAAACCCCUCCUCCUGCAGUCGCUGUGGAAACCCCGAGAGGGCCUGGCUCGGCGUUUCGAAAUCCAGAGGAGGAGUGUUGUGGACGAGAAGAGGUCCAAAGAGAAAGACACCGUCACUGCUGGUAUUAACGCCCAGGCCCGAAAGCUGCAGAAAAGUCGCUCGAGGGUGACCUCAACGCUCAUAGAAAAGACAAUGUGUCGGAACCAGUUUUUAUGGAGGAGCAAGAGUGAGAUGGACCUGCUGGGCUCGGACGCUGAGACGCAGGAGGAGGACGAUCAGAAUAACGGUCAAAACGAUCACAGCAAAAAUCACAGCUCCGCCGUGGGCCGUGGGCGAGGGUCCCCACACAACCCAAAACCCAGGCCGAAACAGAACCCCAUUCAGAGUCAGGUUCAGGGCCUCGCGGUCCCCUCAGAGGGGGACGCCGGGUCGGGGGCCGACACAGAGGGCCUCUGUCCGCUGCGGAGGAGAGCGGGAGGGGAGAGAGAGGAGUCGGAGAGGGAGGAGACGGAGAGCAGCGACGAUAGCGCCACACAGUACUCCAUUCACCCGCCUCAAGACUGUCCCUACCUGCUGCUUCUGCAGGGCUACAGCCUCACACAGGACUUUGUCAUCUACUUGCUCACGGGGCCGAGCGUUGUGAUUGGCCGAAGCGGCGAGCGUGAAGAAGGCGUGAAGACUGACAUCCUUCUCUUUGCCCCCGACGUCCUCCCGAGGCACUGCUGCCUACAGUGCGGCAGCGGUGACAGUCCCACGCUGCUCCACCCAUGCAAGGAUGCCGUCGUAACCAGGAACGGGGUGGCACUGAAAAAACAGGCGGAGCUUAGGCCUGGGGACAUCAUUGGUCUGGGACAGUGCUACCUGUUUCUCUUCAGCGAUCCCUUGGCUGUGAUACACAAGGAAGCGAACUAUGUAACCCCAGAACCCAGCUCAUCUCCCGUGCCCUUGUUGCUGCGCCGUGACAGUUCUGCGACCGCUACAGCCAAUUCUGCAAAACCGAUGCUGUGCAACACCUGCAUCUCGACGUACACUGUCCCCCAAAACCCCAGAAACCAUCAGUCCUUGAAACAAGACGCCCCCUUUCUGAGAGACCCUGGGGGCCGCAGCUUAAUGAUAAACUACGACGCGAGGCUGGAGGAUCGUAUCGUGGCGGAGAUAAUCGCCAUGGGCAGUGUCAAAGGCAGUCCGGCGUUGACGGUUGCGUUCCUGCUGUGUGUGCGUGUCCAGUACUCUGCGGCGCAUCUCAGCACCUCGGACCUUCGCAGACUCCUGCUGCUCAUAGCGGCUGGAGUUCAGACUGCCAUGUGGGAGCACACCAAGGAGCUAGCCGCAGUUCAGCCUAAGGCUCUCAUAGACGAGGGCACAGACCCGGAGGAGCAGAGGCCACUUAGUCUGGAAGAGGUUAUGUCAGGUCUCCGCCCCCUAGUAGUGUGGAUGUCCAAUGCCCUGGAGCUGCUGUAUCUCAUCCAGCACCAGCUGCCUCUUAUUCUGGAGUGGAGGACUCGGAGGGAGCAAGGGCAGGAGGAUGAGGAGGAAACGGAAGAGGAAAACCUGGCCCUGCUAGAGCUGCGUUUGUCCUGCGUGCGCUCGGCAAGUGAAGAGACGAUGGCGGUUCUGGAGGAGGUCAUCAUGCUCACGUUCCAGCAGUGUGUGUACUACAUCACCAAGGUCCUGUACCCCGUCCUGCCGGGCGUUCUGGACUGCAACCCCUUCAGGGAGGGCGCCUGGCCACACAAGCCCGGCCACGGCGCCUCGGUUUUGGAGGCCCUGACCGUGACCAGACGUCUGCUCCUAGACUGCCAGGUCCACCCAGAAGUGUCCUCUCAGCUCCUUGCGUACCUUUUCUACUUCAUCAACGCCUCGCUCCUCAACUCGCUCAUGGAAAGAGGCUCUGAGGCGGGCUUCUACCACUGGUCCAGAGGCGUGUGCAUCCGGGCCAAUCUCGAUAUGCUUCUGGACUGGGCUCACCAGUCUGGUUUUGGACUGGGGGAGCUGGCCGUGGAGCGCACACACACUCUCUCUUCAGCCGUUAAUCUACUGGCCACGCCCAGGGAGAACCUGCUGCAGACAUCUUGGGCGGCCCUGCGCUCCGACUACCCCGCCCUGCGUCCUGCCCAGCUGCACCACCUGUUGACUCGCUACAGCCCAGCGUCUCCGUGUCCACACAACUGGGCUCCGUCCGCGCAGGACCAGCAUGCAGCACGCACCACAGCUGACAUCCUGGAGGGCUUUGACACCUACCACCCCCUCGUGCUGCCGGGCCGCGGCUACCGCCUGGAGCUGAGAGGAGCCGUAAUAGACACCGGCCUUAGAAAACAGCUGGCCCGGCUCCGGGCCUUCAUCUCCACCCUGUCCGACUCGCAGUCCAACGGGGACGCCGCCGUCGACCAGCUGCAGGGUUGUGCGAGCCCCACGAACGCCAGAGUGAUUAAGAUGGACGUCCUUCCAAAAGCCAGUUUGGAAUCUCUGGAGUCUUUGGAUUUAUCGGCUGUGCCUCCGGCUGCCGUUCAGACCUCCUUAUCUCCAUCUCCUACCUCCGCGCCCUCACCUCUGUCCUCCUCAUCCUCCUCUACCUCCACCCACUGCCCAGAUGAGUUCGGUUCCCGCGGGGCCCUCCUCCUGUCCCAGAGGCUGAAAUCUCUGGAGCUGCAGGCCGAGGGGACCGAGACCGCCGGACAGAGGAGGUCCGCCCUCGACGCCUCCUGUCUCCUCACCCCGCCCAACACCCCCCAAAAUCUGGAGCUCAUCAACCCAGACGGCCGAGCCGAGGGGAUGAGGGACGACGGCGACGAACGUCCUGGCGAAGUUCCCUGGUCCACCGGGGUAGACUUGUACGAAGAAGGCGGAUUAGUGUUGGAAUGUCUGGCUGCACUGACGACAGAUUGUUUGAAAUUGGACUCCAGUGAUGUAGGAAAAUUUGUUGAGCUCAAAGAGGAGGAAGAGGAGGAGGAGAAGGCGGUGGUGGAGGAAGAGAUCGAGGAGGAGAAUGAUGACAGAAACCCAGAAGAGGUUUUUAUGGUGGAGCUGGAGCGCAGUGAAAGGGGACUCGGCCUCGCUUUGGUCGACGCAAGGGACACCCCAUUGAGAAUGAAUGGUAUCUUAAUCCGGGCCGUGAUGCCAGACUCUCCUGCAGCCCGUUGUGAGAAGCUGGUACCCUUUGACAGGAUCCUUGCUGUUAACGGGAUUAGUCUGAUCGACCUGGACUACCACAGCGGUAAGGAACUGAUUCAGUCUUCCGGUGACAGGCCGAGGUUACUGGUGGCCAGAUCGGACUGGAUGGCCGAAGCCUUGAGAACCAAAUCCUGACCGUGUUCACCACCACGAAUGUUUUGCUGGGAGCUCAAAAGUUG